UCGUCGCCAGUUUUUUUUUCAUCCACAGUGCGUUCGCCAAAAGCUAUGAAGUGGAAUGAAAGUCGGCUCUUGAUGCAUACUUUGUUGGUGAUUUUCUUCGUUUUUCAACUGUUCAAUUCGUCGAUAUUAGUGUCCUCCCCGGAGGAAACUGUGAUAGAAGAUUUCUUCAUCUGUCGUUCCUGUGGCCAUGACGUCAGUCUGUCGAAUUUCGUACUAAACAAACACAGCCCACUGGCCCUCGGGUUCAGCAAUCAGACGUUGUCUACCGGGAAGCAGGUUACCGUUCAGGAGGUUAAGAAUACGUUGGGCAUCCGUUUCAAGAUAGUUAUCGUUCAGCAGGCAUAUUGUGCGAAGAUCGAGUCGUGGAUUUCGUUACACUCGUGGUUCCCUGGUUACGCAUGGAAGUUGUGUGUAUGUCCUAAGUGUCGUACCCAUCUAGGGUGGAUGUUUGAGCCGACGGAAACUGCAACGUACGAUCGUUAUUUCCCAACCGAGAAAGGUUUCUACGCGUUGAUCUACAACAAUAUCAUAUCGGAAAAAUACGUCAACUCGUUGCUUAUGCGAGAGAAGGCACUGCAGGAGAUAGAAAACUAGAAACAUGGUAGACCCAAAGAGACACAUCAACGUCAUCUGCGAGGAGGAUCAGCUGUUCCUGAACGAAUGUGAGGAGGAGUUCAAGGA